CUUGUAACAAGGAUUCCCCCCUCAAAGUCGGUCGGUGUGUGGGAAGGGUUCUUUCACAAAAUCCCCUUUCUUUUCCUCUUCUCACCACGACGCAAUAAAGGAUGGGCGAUAUCUCGAUGCCACCGAAUACUCCAUCCAUCAUGGAAGUGAUUGACCUGUCCACUGGAUGGUCGUUCAAGCAAACUGAUGAUAUCGGAGACAAUGCAUGGAAUCCGGUCAAGAAAAUUCCAUCCACUGUACACCAGGACCUCCUCGACUGCGGAAGGUUGGAGAACCCCUUCAUAGGUUUCAAUGAGACCAAAGCCGAAUGGGUAGGGCAAAAAUCUUGGACAUACCGCACUACCAUUGCUAGACCAGAUGUGUCGCCUAAGACGAAAGUUGUUCUGGCCUUUGACGGUCUCGACACGUUCGCUCAUGUCAGGCUCAACGGGAAACUCAUCCUGGAGAGUGAUAACAUGUUCUUGCCACAUCGCAUAGAUGUUACCGAAGCGAUCCAAGCAAGAUCCGACAACGAUCUAGAAAUCGAGUUCGAUUCCGCAUUUCUCAAAGCCAGAGAAAUCCGCGCCCAGCAUCCCGAGCAUAGAUUCCUUUGUUUCAAUGAUCCACCUGAUCGCUUAGCAGUGCGAAAAGCUCAGUGCCACUGGGGCUGGGAUUGGGGUCCGAUCUUGAUCUGUGCCGGUAUAUGGAAGCCGGUACGAAUUGAGAUGUACCAUGCGAGAGUCUCAGACCUCAAACUCGACAUCAACAUUUCGGACGACUACCAACUUGCGACAGUUCAUGCAACAGCAGAGAUCGAAAGAGAUUCUAGCACACCUCCUCAAUUGCUGGCUCAAUUCAACAUACUUCUUGAUGGUAAGGUGGUAUCAGCCAGCCACUGUGUAGCGGACCAAGAUGGGAAAGCUUCAAUCAAACUUCCCAUUCCGAGUCCGGAGUUGUGGAUGCCAAACGGCUACGGAAAGCAACCACUAUAUACAGUGACUGUCACAAUUGCUACUGAGGGUAUGCCACUUCAUACGACAUCUCGAAGAGUCGGCCUGCGGAAGAUCGAACUAGUACAGGACGACGAUGCUCAUGGCAAAUCAUUUUACUUCAGAGUCAAUGGUGUAGAUAUCUUCUGCGGUGGCUCCUGUUGGAUACCGACUGAUAGCUUCCUCACCAACGUAACGCCCGAGAGAUACAGGGCAUGGAUCGAGCUAAUGGUUCCCGCCAAUCAGAAGAUGAUCAGGGUUUGGGGCGGUGGUAUCUAUGAAGACGACUCAUUCUACGAUGCAUGCGACGAAUUAGGAAUAAUGGUUUGGCAAGAUUACAUGUUUGCUUGUGGAAAUUAUCCUUGCUUUCCUGCCAUUCUCGAAUCCAUCGAGGCAGAGGUUAUCGCCAAUGUUCGACGACUUCGACACCACCCCUGCCUGGCAAUAUUUGCGGGCAACAACGAAGACUACCAGGUUCAGGAGCAACUCAAUUUGACGUAUGAUUAUGAUGACAAGGACGAGAAGAACUGGCUCAAAUCAGACUUCCCGGCUCGAUACAUCUAUGAGUCACUGUUACCUCGGCUCUCCAAAGCUGAGGCUCCUUGGAUCCCAUACUGGCCUGGUUCUCCGUGGAGCCAUGGGAAGAAAAGCUUUGAUCCGACAGUUGGAGACAUGCACCAGUGGAAUGUAUGGCAUGGUAAGCAGGAAAAAUACCAGAUCUUUGAUUCACUAGGUGGACGCUUCAACUCCGAGUUCGGCAUGGAGGCAUUUCCUCACAUUGCGACGAUCAAAAGCUUUGUAGAGAAGGAUGAAGAUCUGUAUCCUCAAAGUCACGUCCUCGAUUUUCACAACAAAGCUGAUGGACAUGAGCGACGGAUAGCCACGUAUCUGGUUGAGAACGUGAGGACUUGUACCGACUUGGAGGCUUACAUUCACCUGACUCAGCUCAUCCAAUGUGAAGCUCUGAUGUUUGGUUAUCGGGGGUGGCGCAAGCAAUGGGGUGAUGGACGACACUGUGGUGGAGCACUGGUCUGGCAACUCAAUGACUGCUGGCCGACAACGAGCUGGUCGAUCGUCGAUUACUAUCUCAGAAGGAAGCCUGCUUAUUAUGCUAUGGCGCGUGUCCUGGCCCCCGUGGCGGUAGGGAUCCGCCGUGCCCACCAUGACUGGAGUGUAACACAUGCUCGAGAGCCCCAGACCCAGGCCUGGGAAUUGUGGGUGGUCAGUUCUCACCAAGAAGAAAUCGCCGCAGACGUGGAGGUUAAGUUUGUCUCAGUUCGAACGGGCCGGGAGAUCAAACCCAAGAUUACAAUGCAGGGCAUUCGCAUCGCGCCCAACGGUACAACACAUGUCUCUGACGGACAUAUCGACAAUGUGCACCAGGAACCCCACAUACUUGCUGCACGGAUUUGGGUCAAUGGGAAACUAGUGGGUCGCGAUACAGAUUGGCCGCAACCACUCAAGUAUCUACAGUUCCCGGAGCGCAAUGUCAAAGUCGACCUUGUUGGUGACGAAAUGCAUGUUACAGCAGAGAGGCCUGUCAAAUGUCUUGUCUUCGAAGAGCGGGAAGGAUGCCAUCUCAGCGACAGUGCUAUCGAUGUGGUUCCCAACGAUAAGCAGAUUGUCAAAGUAAGAGGUCUCAGGGAUGGCGAUCCUCCCUUGACCUGGACAUACUUGGGGGCUGGCGAGCAAGGCACACAUGCAGACUAGGCUAUAACGUCGAUGUCAUGAAUGCCUGGCGGGCAAUUCCCAGUGGCAGAAGGUGAGUUCCAUCAGCAUCCAAGGCUCAGACAAGUACCAUGUUGCAUGCGCUAUCACGACAUCGCCAACCAGACGGCGAAAGGCUGACACCAGCCGGGGAAAGUGCCACGUAUCGACAAUCAAUGCAUCCAGGCAGAAGCAUAUAUUCUAGAAAUCUUUAAGAAUAGCUAGAUCGAUGCAACAAGGGUGAAAAGGAAGCCGCCAGCGCAUGAUGAUGAUGAUGAUCCGGCCGGUAGUUGAAACGCCAGGCGCACCGGUAGAAUGUCGGUGUGUCUCUUUGGGACCUCAUAGCUUCACACCGGGAUAUAUCUUUUCUCCUUCGAGAGUCAUCUCACUACUCUGUC